AUGAGGAGUGUUGCUUACACAGUGACGACUCUCCCUAUUGUGUCCUCAGCUCAUAACAUGGACUUCAAGACUCAGUUCCACCCCAACAGCAAACGACCCACGAAAAUUGAGGCAUGGGAUAAAUUUUGCAACACUUUCCAUCUGCCCCCAGCACUCAAAAAUGACGUGUUGGAACCUUGGAAGCCAUUCAAGUCAAAGGGCGACUGCGAGUUUGCGUCUAUUGCGAUCGACGCAAAGCUCAUGCAGGCCAAUGUUGAGCGUCUUCUGGUGCUCAUUGGCAAGGUGGUGAACGGUAAUGCUAACAUAACUUUCAAGAGCAAUGCCAAGCUACGCAAGACUUGCGACCAAGCAGCUGAGAAGCUCACCCCCAUUGAAACACAUAAGAUAACAGUAGAUUGGAAGAAACAGAAGAUACCAGUCAAAGUCCACAAACAAGAUCUCUGGGAUUGGGCCAAAGAACUCCUGGGGAACAAAUCCCUUGCACCACAUUUUGAAUGGGAUGCACAAUGGGUCUAUAGACAAGACGAGGAUGCAGGACAAUUCGUCCGCAUGUACAAUGAGCCAUGGACAGCCGAUCAAAGGUGGAACAUACAGGUGCAUAUGCUUAUACCUACCAAACUGCCUAAUCACCACAGUAAUGCAACUCCCACGCCGUUUUCAAUCCUUCUUUACGCAGACAAAACACGUCUUUCGUCAUUUGGAACUGUACAAGGGUACCCGGUAAUAGCUAGGUGCAUGAAUCUGCCUAGUCACAUUCGAAAUAGAAAUGGUGUUGGCAGCGCACGCGUCGUUGGCUGGUUCCCCGUCCUUGGCAAUGACCCUGAAAAGGAAGGGAAGCUAUCGUACACAAACUUCAAAUGCGUGGUCUGGUAUAAGUCUUUCAAAACAUUUAUAGAAGAUAUUGGAGCAUAUUCGAACGCUGGUAUGGUGCAUGACUGUUAUGAUGGUCAAAAAUGUGUUCUCUUCCCAGCUAUAUUUGUCCUCUCCGCUGACUAUGAGGAGCAGUUGACUACAAGACUUUCACACAAAAUUGUAUUCUGGGAUAUUCAGUACUCAGAUCCUCAUGAUGCACUCUCAUUUGACUGCUUACAUUUCAAUCAUGGCGGCCUAUUCAGCCGACAGCUCCUUCCCGAACUUCAAAAGAUCAUCAAACAUGUAAGUACUAAGCUCGAAGGAACAAUGGGGAAAUUUGACAAGCAGUUCGAUAAAAUGCCGAGGUGGCGAGACCUCAACCACUUUGCCCACGCAGUCAAUACAUCAUUUUCUGAUGGUAAUAAAUUUCACGACAUGUCAAAGGUAAGCCUUUCAAAUAUUGAUGACUCAGAUACGCAAGUUCUCUUCGCAGCACAAAAUCUCCUCACGCUGAAAUCGUCGCCCGAAGGCUAUGCACUACUUAUGGUGAUCAGAAGCUAUCUAGAGCUUGAUUGCUACAUUGGUCUUGAUGUCCACACGGAUGACACAAUCACAGCUGGCAAGGCAGAGCUUGAGCAGUUCAGCAACUUGCUUGAUGACUAUAUUGAUCUUGCCAAAAUAUCACAGGUACCUGACCUCAAAAUUGAUUGGGAUUUUCCAAAAGCACAUUAUCUCAAGCACACCUUUGAAGACAUUCGCAACAAGGGUGCCAGUCGGAAUUACAGCACGCAGCCAAAUGAAGGCGUACACACCCUUCUCAAAGCAGCAUAUGGUCAUACAAAUGGCAAGGAAAUUGUGGAACAAAUCCUACGGAUAGAUCAACACCGGCUGGUGAUCAGCCUAAUCUUCAGCCGCAUAGCAGAGUAUGAGGCUGCUCUGUCCACUCAGGCUCAAGAUGCGUCCAAGGACAGUGACACCGCUAUUGAAUACAGUUAUUUUAGAUCAUCUUCCAAGAAGUACUACAUGGGAUCAUUGCAGCCUAUCACGACUAUUGCAAAGCUUCAGAGCAAGCAGCCUCAGGAACCAGCAUUUAGAGAUCUUCACAAUGUACUUGAAAAGUUUGUCAACGAGACACUACCAAAUCUUGAUGGAAUGGAAGAAUACAAGGCCCAGCUGAUCUCAUGGCAGAGACUUGGUUGCAACUAUCAGCUCCAGGAGUUCCACUUCGUCAAGAUCAACUAUGAGUCCAAGGAGAGCUGGUUACAGAUGACCAAUUAUCUACACUGCCACCCCAACUUUCACCACCAUCCGCAUUACAAUUGUGCCUUGGUACAAAUAUCUGACACGGAAGAUGUGUUUGUGCAUCUCGUCUUUGUUUUUCAGAUGCACAUCGCGGGUGUAGAUGGGCCUCUCUCAUUGGCGCUCGUACAGCCCUACACAGCAGGUCUUCCGGGGCUGACAAGGAGGGUGGACAGGGAUCUUGGUUUCAUCCACGUCAAGGCUACACCUCGGGCAUCUUCUAUCAUCAUCCCUCUUGGUUUGAUUAUCCGGGGGGCUCUACUCGCCCCUGAUUUCAGCUUGAAUGACCAUUCUGAGUUUUUUGUUAUGACUCACAUUGAUGGAGACAUGUUCCUUCGAACGAAGGGCUUGUCUUGCUGA